ACUGUCAAACUUUGACGUUUGGUGAACAUCCGUUUUUCUGUCUUUUUCGGCUUAAAAUCGGUCGCUACCAAAAGGGCAAAAUGUCGCUCGUUAUCCCAGAAAAGUUUCAACACAUUCUGCGUAUCAUGAAUACCAACAUUGAUGGUAAACGCAAAGUUGGUAUUGCCAUGACCGCCAUCAAGGGUGUGGGUCGCCGUUACUCCAACAUUGUGUUGAAGAAGGCCGAUAUUGAUUUGACCAAACGUGCCGGUGAAUGCACCGAAGAAGAGGUUGAAAAGGUGGUAACCAUCAUCGCCAACCCAUUGCAUUACAAAGUUCCCAACUGGUUCUUGAAUAGACAAAAGGAUAUCAUUGAUGGCAAAUACAUCCAAUUGACCUCUUCCAUGUUGGAUUCCAAAUUGCGUGACGAUUUGGAACGCUUGAAGAAGAUCCGCUCCCACCGUGGUCUCCGUCACUACUGGGGUCUCCGUGUACGUGGUCAACACACCAAGACUACCGGUCGUCGUGGUCGCACUGUCGGUGUAUCCAAGAAGAAGUAAACAUACUAUCCUUUUCGGGUACUAGUACAUCGUAUGUUGCAGUCUGUGUUUUAUUUAUACCAACUCUACCAACCACAACAUCUUUUCAUCUUCAAAUAUUGUUUUGUACAAUGUGAAACAUGAAAAUCCAAAAAACAAUUUUUGGAAUUUUCAAUUCCGGCACCUAAUAAGAGUGUGUUCUUGAUGAGAAAAAAAGUGA